AUGAAAUCGUGCAAAAUCUUGCUGAGACUUGCGGUAGUUGAUCACCGCCUCAUCACACCCUAUCAUCCUCGCGCCAAUGGUGCAGCUGAGGCAUGGGUCAAGAAGACCAAAGAAACUGUCAGCAAACGUUUGGAUGGCAUACGUGGUGCAUGGGACUUUUUCUUACCAAGCACACAGCUUGCAUUGACAACAAAGUACCCAAACGUACCAAAUGAUGAUGGACCAUUGGCCGACUUGAAUGUUGAGGACCCAUUGAAAAAGAAUCGGAGCAAUAUGGAGAACGUUCUCUUCCCCACCAUUAGGAAAAAGAGCUUUAGCAGUACAGCAACCUGA